CCUGAGGUGGGCGGAGGGGGGAGGCGGGUGUUAUACCAUCGCUCCGGGGAAGGCUGAGCAUUUGCAAAUUCCGGCUGCGGAGCGCGGGCAGCCGGGGAGCAUCCUCUCGCCGCCGGCCGGCCGGGCGGCAGCCGCAGCGCAGGACGAGGCUUCCCGGUCCCUCGCUCGCCGAACGCUGCCCGCGUUAUCCCCGCCUCCCCCUGCCCGCCUCUGCCGCUAGGUGCUGGCGGCCGCCGUGCCCCGUGCCUCCCGUGCGACCGAGCGGAGAGCGGCAGCCCGCGGAGGUCCGCUGGGAGCAGAGCACUCGGCUAGAGAGCCUGUCCCUCUCCCAGCCGUGCAGGCAUAAGCAGAGCCCUGGGCUGAACAGUCAUGACAGCUGAAAAGACUAUUCCUAUAAUUAAUGGCAAGCCAGAAGAUGUUUUAGACCCAGAAGCCUCAAGUACCAGCCUUGUCCACAGCAACGAUAAGAAAGUUCAUGAAAGAGGCCACUGGAACAAUAAGGUUGAAUUUGUGCUUUCUGUGGCAGGGGAGAUUAUUGGGUUGGGAAAUGUAUGGAGAUUCCCAUAUCUUUGCUACAAGAAUGGAGGAGGUGCUUUCCUCAUCCCGUAUGUGGUUUUCUUUAUUUGCUGUGGAAUACCAGUUUUUUUUUUGGAGACAGCCUUGGGACAGUUUACUAGUGAAGGAGGCAUUACCUGCUGGAGGAAAGUUUGCCCUUUGUUUGAAGGAAUUGGAUAUGCUACCCAAGUUAUAGAGGCACAUCUAAAUGUAUACUACAUCAUCAUUUUAGCAUGGGCUAUAUUCUAUCUGUUUAACUGCUUUACUACAGAGCUUCCUUGGGCUACGUGUGGGCAUGAAUGGAAUACAGAAAACUGUGUGGAAUUUCAAAAACUUAAUAUGAGCAACUGCAGUCAAGUUUCUUUACAAAAUGCCACUUCUCCGGUGAUGGAAUUUUGGGAACGCAGAGUGCUAGCUAUAUCUGAUGGGAUUGAACAUAUUGGGAAUCUUCGUUGGGAACUUGCCCUGUGCCUCCUCGCUGCCUGGACUAUCUGCUAUUUUUGCAUUUGGAAAGGAACAAAGUCAACUGGAAAGGUUGUAUAUGUAACAGCCACGUUUCCCUAUAUCAUGCUGAUGAUUCUUCUGAUUCGAGGAGUAACAUUGCCGGGUGCUUCUGAGGGGAUAAAAUUCUACUUGUACCCUGACCUUUCUCGACUCUCUGACCCACAGGUUUGGGUUGAUGCUGGUACACAGAUAUUUUUCUCUUAUGCAAUCUGCUUGGGGUGCUUGACAGCUCUGGGAAGUUACAACAACUAUAAUAACAACUGCUACAGAGACUGCAUCAUGCUCUGCUGCUUGAACAGUGGCACAAGCUUUGUUGCUGGUUUUGCUAUCUUUUCAGUUCUUGGAUUUAUGGCUUAUGAACAAGGUGUGCCCAUUGCAGAAGUGGCAGAAUCAGGACCAGGACUUGCAUUCAUUGCUUAUCCUAAAGCUGUUACUAUGAUGCCUCUUUCUCCCCUGUGGGCAACUCUGUUCUUCAUGAUGCUCAUAUUCCUUGGAUUAGAUAGUCAGUUCGUGUGUGUUGAAAGUCUCGUGACAGCUGUUGUAGAUAUGUACCCAAAGAUUUUCCGAAGGGGUUACAGAAGAGAACUGUUGAUUCUUGGACUUUCCAUUGUGUCAUAUUUCAUUGGUCUGAUAAUGUUGACUGAGGGUGGGAUGUACGUCUUUCAGUUAUUUGACUCGUAUGCAGCUAGUGGCAUGUGCCUUCUUUUUGUUGCCAUAUUUGAAUGUGUCUGCAUAGGCUGGGUUUAUGGCAGCAAUCGCUUUUAUGACAACAUUGAGGAUAUGAUUGGGUACAAACCACUAACAUUGAUUAAAUGGUGCUGGAUGGUCUUAACUCCAGGUAUUUGUGCAGGAAUCUUCAUUUUCUUCCUGGUGAAAUACAAGCCUCUGAAAUAUAACAAUGUAUAUACAUACCCUGACUGGGGCUAUGGCAUAGGGUGGAUGAUGGCUCUCUCUUCCAUGAUCUGCAUCCCUUUGUGGAUCUGCAUUAAGCUGUGGAAGGCAGAAGGCACUUUCAUAGAGAAAUUCAGGAAGUUGAUUACACCUAGCUCGGAUCUGAAAAUGAGAGGGAAACUUGGAGGAAGAUCCUACAUUGCUGCAAUAAAUGACUGCGACGCCAAACUGAAAGGAGAUGGCACCAUUUCAGCCAUUACAGAAAAGGAGACACAUUUCUGAAAGAACUAUUUUUUUUGUAUAAAAAUAAAUAAAUUCACUUAAUUAUAGAGGCUGGCUUGUUUUGCACAAAAUUUUAUUAACCAGUUAAUUUUAAAGUGAAAAUUGUAUACUUGUUUAAAAGUGAUUUUUAAAAAAUUACUAUAUAAGUAAUGACUAUGUAAAAGAAAAAAAUAGUAUUAUAUGGUAUGUUAGUGAUGACUUCUUUUAAUAUGGUAAUUUCAGUAAAUGUUUUUUAGAAGUUAGAGGGACCUGUAAAAUGUGUGUAAAGCUUUUCUACUUAGAUUUCCAGCAGAUGUGAUGUUGUAUAGAUAUAUGCCUUCUAAUCUCUAAGCAUUUCAGACCAUUUCAGCUUUUAAUGUAUGUAUAUAAAGGGGACCAGAAUGUCCUUUUGUUUAUAUUGGGAGAAACUGUGAGAGGGUGGGCAGAGGACGUGUAACUGCUGUUGCAUUAUUAGUGUCUAAAUGUGGGCUGUAUCCAAAGUGCACCAAAAUCAGUGGGAGCCUUACCACCUGGGGACAGUGGCUUUUGCACCAGUCUGUGAUUUGCCCUUUCCUCUGGGCCAGAUCAGAUGCACGACUGCAUUUUGCACCUAACAGAGCUCUCCAUUCAAGGCACGUUUUGUGAAGCCAACAGGAAGCACCACUCUUCUUGCCUUUCCUUCACCUUGCAAUGGGCCUGAAAAAGUGGUGGAACAGCCCCAUUUCUGAGUCACUGUUUUUCUGGAGAUUGAAUUAAGAAUGUAUAUUUUUAAGAGGUAUACAUUGUGCUUUUCUUGUAAGUUAGUGGUCUCUAAGAUGACUUGUACUGCUUCAGGAGACCUCUACAGCUUUUUUUUUUUCAUUUUCAUUAGUGUCUGGAUAGCCAGUGCUUCAUUUUUGUAGACAUUUCCCAUCCCCUGGAGUGAAAUGUGUUUGUCUAUGUUUGUAUAACAGGAGGAGAUCAAGGUCACUCUAUAUAUAUGGAGAUAUUGUGAGGGAAAAAAAGUACAAGUUUAGAGCUCUGCAUACAUUUGGUCUUUGUCUCUUUAACUAUUUGCCAAUCUGUCUGUCUACAUAUAUUCAUUCCUCUUAAGAGAAAUUAAGGAUCCUGUAAUGUCAUUGUGUAGCAUUAUAUGACUUUUCUUAUCUUCAAAGUACUUUCUAAAUAUUCUCAGGUUUGGCACUGAUUUUACCCUGAAUGGUAUUGAGGUUUGCACUGAAGUCAGAAUAGGAAUUUUUUGGUGGAACACUAGGGUAAUUGGUCCUUAACCUCUAGCAGAGUUCCAAGAGGUAAUUUAUGUAUUGUGCAAAUGAAGGAAUUAAGACAAGGAUGUUGUGACUUCUCUGUUUCACAAAAGGAUCAGGAUAGGUUUUUGAUAUCAGGCCUUUCUAUUCCAUUGGGUAUGAGCAGACUCCCUCUGAAUGAGAAGAGAUUUUGUGAUGUACAUCCAACUGAUGGAAAUUAUUACCAUGAGGUAUGCAAAUGUUAGUUCCAAAUAUCAAAAUCUCUAGACUGUCUCUUGGUCUUUUUUCUUCUGCCAAUAUCCCAAACUAUUGUUUAUUCUGGAAGAUUAAAUUUUUCCUGUCCUGUUUUUCAUUUAAUGGUUGUAUGAUAAACCUGUGAAGGAAUGCUGUACUAUAGUGCACAGUAUUUGAUGGGGAGAGACAAUCAGCCUAAGAAAGCUUAGAAGAGAAGUCAUAAAAUCUGCUGUCCUCUCUGUAAUUCAAAAUCACCAAAUACAGGCAAAUGGAGUUAUUAGAAAAAGAAGUGGCUGCUGGCCUUCCAAGGGGGAAAACAGAUCACUAGAAAUCACUAAGUACCUCCUAAUAUUACAUCGAGCUGUACAUGUGGUCAGCAUUUCAUUGUGAUCUUAUGUUAUCAGACCUCAUAAAAAAGCAUCUUUCAUAGAAUUACUUUGUCUCAAGUCACAUCAAUUUGACCUAUUUCAUUUCACUUCACUUUGUGUUUUGGUGUCUAAAACCUUCUGUCACAAUUCCAUUUCAAAUAUUCCAAGUCCUGCUUGACUUUGCAUGUCUCUAUCACUAGGUGCUUAGGAGAGGACGUUUUGAAGGAGCUUGCCUUUAUAAAGGUGCAAAGCCACCGUGUUGUGAAUGUUGGGCCCCCUCAGAGGGAGUCUUCAGGUGGACAUCCAGAACAGGAGUUGACUAAAGAAAUCACAGCCCCAUUGCCACUUUGGGAAGAGAAAUGCUCCCAGAAUUAAAACUCCAGGCUGUUACAUAGCUUAAAAAAAAAAAAAAAAAAAAAAAAAAAAAAAAAAAAAAAGCAACUGCAAGGUGCAUAUCGACAUUGAAAACAUGCUCAUUCCAAAACCUAGAAAUAAAAAGCUUUGGAAGUCCUAGUAAGUGAUAAAUAUUUCCAACCCAAUGUCCCUUUUUCUCCGCACCCACCAGAAUCUAAGGCCCCAAAACUACAGCGGAAUCUUACGAUGGGUUAUGUUCUCUCUGCAAGGAAAUACCAACCUUUUUUUUUAUCAGUGAAGGAUGUGCAUAUGUAGAUGCCUUAUUAGGUUAUGUUUUAGUCUUGAUUUCAGUGAAGUUAGCUUUUGGAAUCAGGACACCUCAGGAAUGUUUACAGCAAAAUAGCAAAAUGUACCAAUAGGUGGAACACACAGCCUUCAACUGGCCACCCAUUAGACACAAAAUUAAAAUCCCAGACAAGUCAGGAUUGCCCUUUAAAUCAGAACAUUUGAUGCUGUAGCAGAAAAAAAAAAAAAAAA